UCUAGUAUUUCAGGUUUGUCUGUGUUGUAACAGUUCACCUCCUUGCUGAGCCAGCCUUUAUAAGACUGCUCCGAUGAGUCCACUGGUCAGAAGCCAAAAGGAUUUCAGGAACUCAGGUCAGAUCUUGAUAACAGCAAUAUCUCCAUUUCUCGUUACCGUCAAAAACUCAAGCAAAUCAAAUCAGAAGCAAAAUGAAGUACCUUCUUCUCCUGGGAUGCGGUCUUCUUCUCUGUGCCUCUCUGGGUACCUGUCUGGAGUGUUUCAGAUGUGCAAUCUCAUUGAACAAGUGUAUAUCUGAUAAGGUUAAUUGCACCCAAGCUAAUGAGAAAUGCUUCCUUCAGGUUGGGAAAGCCGGUAUUGCAUCGGUUUACAGGGCUGGAUGUUCCACUCCUGAGGUGUGUGGCCAAAACUCUGAGCAAUCUUUUUUGGGACAAACAGUCUCUCUCAAGACUAGCUGUUGUGAUACUGAUCUCUGCAAUGGAAGUGAUUACAUUAAGUUAUCUCUUCCGUUGUGCCUCAUUGUGGUUGCACUUUGGUUUCUCUGA